AUGCCUUCUGACAGGAACGCGGGUGCACCUGAUAUCAUUUCUGAAAUCAAGCUCGAGGAAGCAGCGGCUGCUGAAAUCCCUUCAUCAGCCAAAAUGUGGAAUUCCAUCAAAGAAGCUCAAGACAGAAACUCCACAUGCAAACUGCUCCGUGAAGCAAUUCUCCGUGGAUGGCCAGAGGACCCCCAGCAGCUUCCUGUCGAACUUAAACCAUUCCACCAGUAUAGCGGUAUGCUCAACAUCCUGAAAGGAACAGUAAUGUAUCCCAAACGGUUUUUUAUUCCAGUGGAAAUGCAGAAGUCAAUCAUGGUGGAGCUACACCAAGGGCACCUAGGCGCCAACAAGUGCAGAGGACGAGCCCACGACACGGUCUGGUGGCCAGGUAUUAGCAAAGUAAUUGCCGAAUACUUUGAUAACUGUACAAUUUGUAAAAUGCACAGGAAGAAUGCACCAGAACCGCUGGUUUCCUCUGAAAUGCCUGAGCGACCGUGGCACACAGUCGGAAUGGAUUUUGCUGAGAGGGGCAGACGCAAAUUUAUCGUGGUAGUGGAUUAUUAUUUCUCAGCAUACAUUGAAGUAGCAGAAACAACCUCUACAUCCGCAGAAGAUGUCAUCCAUAAGCUAAUUGAAAUUUUUGGCCGACAUGGAAUUCCAGCUGUAGUUACGUCAGAUAAUGGUCCACCUUUCAACUCAUUUGCUUUUAGUAAUUUUGCCUCCAUCUGUGGUUUCCAGCACGUGACUAGCAGUCCCAAAGCACCAUGGAGCAAUGGAAAAGCAGAGGCAGCAGUGAAAGAGUUCAAGAAGAUUUUGCACCUAUGGAAGAAGGCCUCAGCCCUAGCCAAUUGUAAAUGGGGCAAAGUCUCCGUACCACAUUGCCCUAACUAG